GCAAACAUCUGGUGGGACCUUGCUUACAAGUAUCCCUGUCCUAUAUGAAGACUCACCUCCCGCUCCGCGUUUUCCGUUCGCGUCCCUCGGUGCCCAUCCUAGGCCAGCCUACUGCCCUUGUUGCGGAUCGGGAUAGCAGCACAUUUACGCCCAUUUACGAAUUUAUCCAUGUCGGAAAAGCAACCUCAGGACGCCGCCGCGCCUUCCCCGCAAAAUGACGAAAAGGCGAAAGAACACAAGUCAUGGCGAGCUAAUGAGCAACAAGUGCUGCCAGAGAACCGUUUGGGAAUCGUGUUCUUCGGUCUCAUGGCGUCAGUCUUUCUAUCCGCUCUGGAUCAAACCAUCGUCUCUACCGCGUUGCCCACCAUAGUGGAGAAGAUUGGUGGUGGCAAGGACUACGGCUGGGUUGGAAGUGCCUACCUGCUCGCUGCCGCAGCGCUGUCUACUGUUUACGGGAAGCUUUCGGACAUUUUCGGACGAAAGCCGGUGCUCUUCGGUUCCAUAUUGAUAUUCCUAAUCGGCUCGGCGCUGUGCGGCGCCGCACAGAACAUGACAUGGCUCGUCAUCUGCCGUGCUGUGCAGGGAAUAGGAGGCGGUGGCAUCAUGCAGCUAGUGCAGAUCACCAUAUCUGACAUUGUAUCCCUGCAAGACCGUGGCAAAUAUGCAGGCUUGAUUGGGGCUACGUGGGGGAUUGCUAGUGUCAUUGGUCCUUUACUUGGAGGAGUCUUUGCAGAGCAUGUCUCAUGGAGAUGGUGCUUCUUCAUUAACCUUCCGACAGGAGGCCUCGCGUUCGCGAUCCUCUAUGUUUUCCUCAACCUCAAUCCACAUCAGGGCAAGCCUUUUCGCCAGCACGUCCGGGAGUUCGAUUUCUCAGGCCUGCUGCUCAUCAUCGGAGGCGUGGUCUGCAUCCUCAUUGGGUUCAACUACAGCGAGACAGCAUGGCGAUCCGCUGCGACUAUUGCGCCGCUUGUUGUGGGCUGCUGCUUGCUGCUAGGUGCCGUGGCUAACGAGAUCUUCACCCAACGUUCGCCUAUCGUACCACCGCGUCUGUUCAGAGUCCGGACAACUGGUUUCAUCCUCGUUUCCGUUCUCCUUCAUGCGAUUGCGUUCUUCUCCGGUACAUUUUAUCUCCCUGUCUACUACCAGGUGCUCGGAGCCUCGGCUACGAUGUCGGGUGUCAGGAUGCUUCCAUACUCUCUGGGGUCGGCUUUUAUGUCCAUGCUGUCUGGCCAGAUCGUGGCACGCACCGGCCGUUGGAGGCCAGUGAUGUGGGUGGGCUGGUGUGUGUUCACCGUAGGGUAUGGUCUGAUGAUUAUGCUGAGUGAGUCGUCAUCGACCGCUGAGAAGGAGAUCUUCCCUCUCAUUGGAGCGGUCGGCUUGGGCUGUCUGUUCCAGACGCCUCUAAUUGGUCUACAAGCUGCGAUGCCUAUCAAGGACAUGGCUACCAGUACCGCAACGUUCGGUUUCCUCAGGCUGCUCGGCGGCUCCAUUGGAGUGACCAUCGGAGAUGCUAUCCUCUCUUCGGUUCUCCAACGAAAAGUCAAGGACAUACCGGGAUUGACCAUCAGCACAACUGCAGCGUCGUUGAAUCAAUUUGUUCCGCAGAUCAAGAACAUGAGUAACACAACUCAGAAGAUAGCGCUAAUGAAGGCAUAUUGCGAGGCUAUCAGUACAAUCUGGAUCGUCGACACCCCAAUCAUUGGGUGUGGAUUCAUCUUUGUGUUGUUCCUGAGAUCAUACACACUGAAGCGCAAUGUUGUCCGGGGAGGCCAGCCAGCAAAUGCGGAUGUCGAGGCUGGUCAGGCAGAGCAGACCGCGACAGAAGACCCAUCUGACCUGCCGCUCGAUCCAUCUGCUGGAGAUCAUCAGGCUCACGAUGCUAUCGGUGAGAGACGACGGUUUUCCGUUUCCAAAGACGAUGCGCGGACGAUCGAGGCCGUGGAUGAUGUGCAGAAGCUGCAGUCACGGUCGACAACGAUCGACGAGCCUUGACCGGAGUUUCUGAUGACGGAGCAGGCUCGUAGUGUAAGGUUCGGGAAUGAUUACGAUUUUGGCUUUACGACGUGGAUGAUUCAUAGAUUUACUAUAUCACGUUGGACACGCUAGACAACACAUUGCAUUGAUUAUAACAUGAGCUGUUUGCUUUUGCUGCACAUGUGUUCAGCCACAGAAUCGCCUAUCGAGCG